GAGUUGAGUUAGAGCAGCCGGCAGAGACGGUCGUGUUUUUCGAUGCUCCGUUAUCUAAUCGUUGAGUUGUUUGUUUCAAGUGAAACGUUAUCUAAUCGUUGAGUAAUUUUUUUCAAGUGAAAAGAUGAAAGUGUAAUUGUCGUUUGCUGCAUAUUCUUGUGAAUUGAGAAUUGUUUUACAAACUAUCGUAAUUAUAGCUAAUAAAUUAAUUACAAUCGCGCUAGUGCCUAGUUAAGUCCUUCACGAAUGCAGAAGGACAUAAAAAUUUAUUGAUCAUCUUCCGGUUCUGCAAAACGUAAUCGGUCAAAGAGUUCACCAGAAGCAGUCCGACAAACUGCUAAAAAACAAUAGAGAAAAUUGACAUUGAGUUGGGAUAAUUUAAAAAUUAUUUUGAAGAGUUGGAAAAAAAUUAGAAGCUAUGGACAAAAAGCUUUCAGGCCUGGCGACAAAAAGUGAUAUUUCUUCCCUCAAUUCAACUAUGGGAUCGAUUAUAGAGGACAAUAUAGUAGUUAGUAAAAGAGGAUAUAAAAACAAUGAAACGUCAAAAUGAAGAUCUUCAAAAACGUGUUGUUGGACUAAUUACUAAUUAAAACAUACUAAUUACUUUGUUCACUAAGACUAUUCGAUUGAGACCAGAAAUUCUAGAGCCAAGUUACUCAGACUGAGAAUGCAUACCAGGUACAUGACCGAUUAAUCGUGAGACAACUAGCAUUCAAGUGGGACGAGGAGUGCGGUCUUGAAUGCGGAGGCGAGGAUGGCAGAGCCAAGCUGGAAGAGAUCGUCGGGGACCGAGCUGCGCUGAUUUUGAGCACCAUGAACGAGACCACCCAGGGACCACCCAAUGCACCCCAGCAACCAAUCAAUAAAUGAAGUGAAACCGUCAGCCGGCAAUGGACAAUACUUGUGAGCCAGGGAUAGUUGUGUAUAAUGUGGCUGGUUUGCGAGGCUGCACAUGUUUGUAUUGAUGUAAAUGAUGUCAUCAUUAGCAGAUAGUGAUUAUGAGCCGAAUGAUUCCAUUGAUAGUGACCUUUACAACGACGAUAUAUGCGUACCUGAGCCUGAUCACAGUGAGGUAUUCUCGAGAUCAGGUCACGUGGCAAUAGCAUUCGAAAACGAGCUUAUCGUCUGGGGCGGUACUCGCUGUGUUUCCGCACCAGCUAAUGAUUACUGUGAUCCAAAUAUACUAUGGGUAUACAAUACUCUGAAUGAUGUCUACACCAAACAUGCCAUUUUCGGUGUAGCACCCCCUGGAAGCUGUGGCUCUUGUGCUGUUAUACAUGACGGCUCAUUGUAUAUAUUUGGAGGAUUUACUCAAACUGGUGAGACGUAUCACAACCUGGAGUACUCGAAUCUCCUUCACCGACUGGACUUGACGGCCAACAGACUCACGUGGAAUCACAUUUCUCCCAAAGGCACGAGUCCGCUUCCCUGUGAUAAGUUGGCCGGCUGGGUGUAUGGCGACAAGCUGUACUUCUUCGGAGGGUUCGGCCGGCACGUGGCGAGCUUCGCCGACUCGCAAUGGAUACCCGAAGAGCAGCCAACCGGCCGCGGCUGGAACAACCAGCUGUUCUGUUACGACCCCGCCACCAAGCAGUGGCAGUGGCCGCGCACCUACGGGCCCAAGCCGCAACCAAGGGCGGCCCACUCGGCCGCCAUCCAGGGCAACUGUGUCUACGUGUUCGGCGGCCGACUCGACGACGUCCGCAACGACCAGCUGCACCGGCUCAACAUGGACACCAUGACCUGGAGUGGAGACCUGAAAUGCAUGAUGAAGGGUCCCCAUUGGCCGCCUGGGCGCUCGUGGCAUACAUUCACAUUCACCGCGCCCAAUGUAGCUUUCAUCCAUGGAGGACUGUCCAACUCCGACCAAACCCUAGAUGACGUGUGGAAGCUUACCAUUGAAGAUGAUGCGAUUGAAUGUGAAAUGCAGCCAAGCCACAUCAUAGAGGGAGGCGCAGCCUGCCCGCUACUAUGGCAUAAGAGUGUUUUCUUUCAAAAAGGAAACGAAAUCAUCACAAUUGGAGGCCUCAAAGAGCUGAAUAAUAAUGAGUAUUCCAAUCAUCCUGAAAGAUUGCUCAACUUACGUCUUUCACCAAAAUCAUUGUUUAGGCUCUGCCUGGAUGCCCUGGAGAGAGAAGAAUUUUUGCCCGAGUCAGAUUACAAGAGUUUGCCAGCUCAGUUGAAGACCAUUGUCAGAAGGAGAUUGCUGAAGUCGAUAGAUUACGACGCUGAAAAUGAUUUCGAUGUGGAAGAGUUGAAUGCACAACCAUUUGAGAUGUUUGAUGAUCUCUACUAUGACUACAAUGGAGAUGAUGAAUACCUCGGUUAUGAUGACGACAUGUAUGGUGUAUUCGACGACGAAUACGAAGAAUAUGAAGCCAGUGAUUAGGUUUUGUGGUUUAUUCGUAAUCAUGUCACUGGAAUAAUAUUGUCACUUCGAGUGACAAGUGGUGAUUAUUGUAAAUAUUGGAUUGUGAAUAUUCGUUCUAGUUGCAGCUUGUGUGUACAUUGUAUUUCCUACUGUAAAUAAAAUCUGUUUUUCUCUA